GUGGCCUUGUGGUGGGUGAUUAUUUCUCCAGGUGUUAGCGUUGUUGUAACUUACCGCGCUGCAAUGCCUGAACCGACCAAGUCCGCUCCGGCUCCGAAAAAGGGCUCCAAGAAGGCGGUGACCAAGGCGCAGAAGAAGGACGGCAAGAAGCGCAAGCGCAGCCGCAAGGAGAGCUACUCGGUGUACGUGUACAAGGUGCUGAAGCAGGUCCACCCGGACACCGGCAUCUCGUCCAAGGCCAUGGGCAUCAUGAACUCGUUCGUCAACGACAUCUUCGAGCGCAUCGCGGGCGAAGCGUCGCGCCUGGCGCAUUACAACAAGCGCUCGACCAUCACGUCCCGGGAGAUCCAGACGGCCGUGCGCCUACUGCUGCCCGGGGAGCUGGCCAAGCACGCCGUGUCCGAGGGCACCAAGGCCGUCACCAAGUACACCAGCUCCAAGUAAACUUGCCAAGUCUGCAAGUUGAUCCUGCCUUUGAUCCCGGAUUUGGCGAUCACCGCUUACUCACCACAAAAGCAUGCUCUGACUACUUCAUUCUGCUCAGUUUUUCUUUUCCGUUUUUAUUCUCUUUUUCUAAGUAUGUAGACAUGUGUUUCUGAACAAAAAAAGGCUGAAGACAAUGUGAGUUAUCACAGAAAUAACUAUAAAGGUUUUUCUGGUUUGUUUUCUUGAAAAUUGGUCCAAUUUCCGCUGGAGGCUCUGAGCAGCGGGUGGGGAAGGUGGGGAAGGAGCCUGUACUCUAUCCUAAAGGCACCGAGGGAGAAGAACGGGAAGCCUUUGACACGCCUUCCAGUCAAUCUUGUCAGUUACUAUACUUUGAUUCUCUGAAAGUCCUAUUCAAUUUAUAGUCCUUCGGUAGCAUUCAGAUUUAAGGUCCUCAGGGUUACAAGACAGAAACCCACUCCUCAAUCCGUUAAGAUGUCUUGACUCAGGACUGACGCCCCCUUUACAGCACCCUUUCCUCUUUCCCGGAUGUCCCCGACCAUUGAGGGAGGAGAGGAAGUAGAAAGGGAAGAAAAGCCCCUUCUGGCUGGAUGUGGUUUUACUGCACGAUGUAGGAUAGCUUUAAGGGUGUUCGCUGCUGGAAUAGAUUUGUGGGGAAGUUAAAUCUCUGGAAUCUCGAAAAGGGGGCUGGGAGGGAGGGGCCUGGAGGAAAGGAAUCAAUGGUCAGAGGUCACCAAGGAGACUGCGAAGUAGAUGAGGGUGGAAAGGAAGGCAAGGGCUGGUUGAGGUGGAGAGUUUAGAAAGGGGGUGUUGUUGGCUAAGAGGAAUGAAUUUAGAAACCCUAGGGUUUGGGAGAAGGUGAGAAUCCUAAACAGGUGCUCUGGAUUAUGGGGAUAGAUUUUCCAUAAUAGGGCAAGUGGGUACUUGGAUGGACUAUUAAAAUCUAAAAUAAUACUUAAAUUUACAAAACACUGUGAAGAGCCACUAUGAAAUAAGGAACUCUCAUUCCCAGCUGCUUGACCCAGGGAAACCCCAAACACCACAGCUAGCUUUCACCCAAACCUGAGCUUUGAUUUUUAAAGAGUGUUAUGUGAAACCUGUCCGUGGUACGGAGCAUGAUAAGGACUCUUCCCAGUGAAGCUGAGACAUCAGACCAAAAUGAACUAGAAAUAAACACUCACAUACUCACCACAGAUGAUUGCAAAAUCUGCCCUGACCCUUGGUGCUGAACAAGUAGAUUCCACCACUGAGAAUUUGGACUAUAAGCCAGCCUUCACAUGCAUUUCUUUCAGCAUUAAUACCACAGGGAUUCAAAACACCUAGGCUGAGAAUUUAAUAUAGAGAACCCCGACUGGUUUAGUGCCCCUGAGCACCUGGUAAAAGCAAAUGCAAGUCCUCUCUCAAAGAAUAAGCUUCAUUUUAGGCCUCCACAGAUAAAUAUCAAAAAAAAAAAAAAAAAAAAGAAUGAGCAGUUUCACAACCAAAAUUAACCAGAAACACCAUGAAACAAGUAACCAUGACCAAGAGCAAUGAACUGAGAAAAAAGCUAACAUAAAAAUU